GGGAUCGUUCUCUCUUGCGGCUUYAAGUUCUACACAUUKCAACAUGAUGCGUCAUUUGAUGCACAAAUCCCGUCGAACAGACUUUGGGGCUGAAAUAGGUAGGCGAGUUAUGAAUCAUCCGAUGGGCACCCGAGCGACUUCACGCGCAUCGGCUGCUUCUGCUAUUAGCAGAGAGGAUUUGGUCAACGAAGCUGCAUUUUUGACGAAGUCGCUGUAUCGAAAUUGCAUUCGCUCGGUUCGGCUCAUUCGAUGGGGAAACGAAUUCGACGAAAAAGAAUUCCAGAAGAGAGAGGAAGAGUUUCAAAAUCCAACCGCUGGAGGAGUUAUGUCCAUGGCUCCUCCCCCAAACAAGGAAGACGAACUCCGAUCUCGAGCCGAAUACUACUAUUCUUUUACUAGAGAAUACUUCACGCAAGARUCGGACUCUCUCGACAAUGAUCCCUUGCUGGAACGAGACAUUCGUAGAUACCUAUAUUAUCUACGCAAGGGAGAGAAGGAUCGUAAAUGGUUACUGGGUGAUAUGAUGUUUCCUGAUCCCUAUAAGAAUUCRCUUGAUCAGGAUAGAAUCAAUCGAUUUGAAACUAUGUCGAAGAAGUAUCUGGGUACAGACGAAGAGGAGACCAAAAACCCUCUGUUUGAAGAUGAUUCCAAUGAUAAAAACCAUGACGAGGCGACAUUUGGUGGUGAUGACGGAUUCAUAGAGGACGAAGAUCCAGAAUGGUUUCAAAAGGUAAGAAAAACACAAAAAAUAUCGAUGGUAUACCAUUUGCAUACGAACAAGUUAAGCCUGGAAUUUUGGAUCCAGUGGUCUGAUGCAAGAACGUGGACCGAUCGUUUGAUUAGGUUGCAUGUGUUGUAAACUUGAAACAGCAUUCAACGUAUAUUUCAUUCUCUUUAUGUUGUCGUUGCCUUCGCAGAAAUAUCCUCAUCUUAGGUGAUCGAUACUGCAGCCAUCGCGUAAAAAUUAUUUUGUGAGGGAAAUGAACAAGAACUAAUUCGGCAAUGGUACUUGAUUUGUAUGUGUAGUAUUCAUUGUGCAAUAAACUUCAAUUGCAGUU